UGGGGUCGCCUUGGAUAAGCACCCACUAACUUUAUCAUAUUCUUUUAUGGUCCAUUCAUAAUUGUUCUUCAUCGAGGGAUUAAGAAAUCAAAGAAAACCAAGAAACAUGGCAGAAACUAGAUCAUCAGCAACACCUCAUGUACUCAUCUUCCCUUUUCCUGCACAAGGCCAUGUCAAUUCUAUGCUGAAGUUAGCUGAGAUUCUUUCCAUAUCGGGAAUCAACGUGACGUUCGUCAACACCCAACAGAAUCAAUCACGGCAACUGAGUUUUGGCAACGUUCAGUCUCGUUUCAACAAGUUUCCAGGAUUUUGUUUCGAAACCAUUCAAGAUGGUCUUCCUGACAAUCAACAUCACUCUGCUGGUUUCCGCAGUUUUCAAGACGUGGUUGAAGAUAUGUUUAAUCGGGUGAAAAACGUUAUCACACCGAGUUUUCGAGAAUUACUUAUUUCAAAUCGCUUCAAAUCUGAUGCACGUGGUCCAGUUUCUUGUAUCAUAACAGAUGGUGUUGCGAGUUUUGCAAUUGAUGUUGCUGAAGAGCUGGGAAUUCCAUCCAUCUCCUUCCGUACCAUCAGUGCUUGCUGCACCUGGAUUUAUUUCUGUACCUCGAAACUUGUAGAAAGUGGCGACGUACCAUUCAAAGACGAAGAUAUGGAUAGGCUAGUGAGGAGUGUCCCUGAGAUGGAAAGCUUUCUUCGAUGUAGAGAUCUACCAAGUCUCUAUAGAGCUAAAGAAAUCAGCCAUCCUAAUCUAGAUUUUGUCCGUACGGAAACAUUACAUUCAGUUCGAGCCACGGCUCACAUACUUAAUACAUUCGAUGAUUUGGAAGCUCCAAUUCUCCCGCACUUGAGAUCUUACUGGCCAAACCUAUACACAGUUGGACCUCUUAAUGCUUUGUUGAACGCCUUAAGAAGUAGCACUACUGAUUUUUCUGCUUCAUUACCCGUUUCCUCCAAUGCUAGUUUGUAUGCAGAAGACAGAAGUUGCAUGACUUGGCUCGAUAAACAGCCAGAGAAAUCUGUGGUGUAUGUAAGCUUUGGUAGUGUUGCAAUGGUGAGCCAGGAGCAAUGGUUUGAGAUUUGGUAUGGACUGGUCAAUUGCAGUUAUAGAUUCUUAUGGGUUAGACGCCCAGAAUCGCUUCUUCUCGAAGAUGGAGAGGAGAAUCGGAUACAGGCGGAGCUGAUUGAGGCAACGAAAGAGAGAGGUUACACGGUAGAUUGGGCACCCCAAGAGGAGGUGUUGAAUCAUCCAGCCGUUGGUGUAUUUCUUACUCACAAUGGAUGGAACUCGACUCUUGAAUGUAUGGUUGCUGGAGUACCCAUGCUUUGCUGGCCACAUUUGGCGGAUCAGCAGAUAAACAGUAGAUAUGUCAGUGAGGUGUGGAAAAUUGGAAUGGAUAUAAAAGAUAAUCUUAACAGAUCAACAGUGGAGAAGCUGAUUAGGGAAAUAAUGGGUGAGAAGAGAGAGGAGUUGAUGAAAUCAACAGAAAAGGUCGCACAGAUGGCACGAAAGAGUGUUAGUUCUGAUGGGUCAUCUUAUCGCAACUUUGAAGCUCUGCUUGAAUUCAUAAGGAAGUCGUGCUAAGCUUUGCUGUGCAUAAUUGUUAAUGCAAGAUCAGUAGUUAUUGGCAUGCAAUAAACUGUAUCGGUAUCAAUAAUGCAUGAGGAAAAAUGGAAAAUCCAUGGACAAAUGAAAGCAAAAAUAUCAUUUCACCUACAAUCAUAGAAAUAAGAAAUAAUAUUGUUGAUUCAAAUACCUGUAUCUACUACGCUAAGGGUUUCCCCAGGUGUAAGAGUCGGUGAUUCCAUAAAGGUUAUUUUUCCAGGAA